UAUAAAUUAACUAAUCCAAGUAAAGUCCCAUUUUCGAACAAACUUGAAUGGACCCCGCUUAAUCCGUAGGUACCUAGGUAUGUACCUACACUACAUGGCACUAAUUAAGUACCUAGGUACCUACUUUAAGCAAACCGACGUCAACUGUGGCGCGCGCAUCACGACGCGUCUUACAACUCGCUUUAAUCUCGAAUAUCUGCAUACUUUCGCUAAACGUACUGCAUUGUCUGCCAUGUGCUUUAAAACUUGACUUUAUGUAAAAAUCGUAAUAUACCCAGUUCCUCAUAUCCGAAAGUGAAAUGGCCACCAGCCGUGAAGAGCGCAUGCAACAGCGCAUGCGUGGAGCUGGACGCCACGAAGUUGCCGAUGAUUCUUUUGGUUUUAUCCUCCCGGGCGCCGAAGCUUCUUCCGAGCCUGCUUCGGACCCCCCUCCGCCGUCGUCCGUAGCGCGUUCGGAGCCUAAUACCUCUGCGAAGCGACGCCGACUAAACCCUGAAGCCGAUUUGACGAGUUCGCAACCACCAUCCAGUGCGCUAAGAGCCUCGAGAAGAACAUCGGCGCGGUUGAGUGGGUCAAGAGUUGAUCCUUAUGCCGCAGUCCAACAAGAAAGUCCCGAGGAUGCAUCAGGACCUCUAGCAGCUCUAAGUCUGGAGAACCAGGAGCCACAUAAUGAAGAUGAGACUCUGGAGUCUAUGGACGCUGUCAUGCAGCGUCCUGAAUCACGUGGAUCUGUAGCUUCGCGAUUGUCUCCAGGGCAUGUUGCAGAAGAAGUUACUGAAAGUCCUGCUGAAGCCCCGGGAAGUGGACAUAGACGUUCGGUUAGAGUUCUCCCCGAGAGUAUCACCCGGAGCGCAAAACUAUUGAAAGCUGUGAUAGACGAAGAAGCCGGAGUUACGGGCGAGCUUACUUAUUCUUCACCUCUAGCACGGAAAAGCAGGGCUAGUGCUGCCACUUUGGGCGCUGCUUCAGCACGAUCAACACGAACAGUAACGAGAGCAUUAGGGGGUCUGGAAAUUGGUGAUAUCGAGGAGCCAUCGCCAGCGCAAAGAAGUGACGCUACGGCAAUUACCGGGUCUACACGAUCUACACGAAGCCAAGUUAGACUAGCCACCCCUAGUAUAGUAGAUGAAUUGUCUUCAUCUCCCCAAGCCGCAGGUACUGCUAGUCCCAGGAAACCUCAGCCGAGGGUGAAGCCUAAGCCCAUAGUUGAGCUGCCUGAAAUUCAAAUCCAAGCAGCUGAAGAGGAAACUCGAGAAGAGACUCGAGAGGAAGAAGUUGUGGCCGAUGAAGAGGAGGCCGAAGCAGUUGACGUCCAGACGGCCGCCCGGAAAAUCGGCCGAAAGCGCCCACGGGAGAGUCCACCUCGAGAAGCCUCUCCAGAACUACAUUCUAGAGUUGAGGUCAAUCGACCAGCAAAGAAAAGCAAACAGAAAAAAGUCCAAGGUAGCCCAGCGGUACAAUCGCACCCUAAACCCCCCAAGAAAAAGAAUAAGCUACCUCCGAAAAGACGGAGCGACGGCGAAGCAAUUCCUAUCAUUGUGCAGAGAUACACGAAGCGAAUGCAUUUGAAUGAAGAUGACACUAAUGGUGACAUUCUCAACGCUGAUAUACCAUUUUCUAAUCGUGGCGGCGUCAACGUGAUUGACGUCUUGUCGCAAGUAUGUGACGAAGUCGUCGAGUCCAGCCUGGAGACGCUUCACGAGGCCGCUGUUAAUGCGAAGAACUCGGCUACGAAAAAGGAGUUUAGGACGAAACUCCGAGCUCUGGAGGCAUUUAAGGAGGAACUACGAACACGCCUUUUGGAACACACUAUUGCCCUUGACACCAUGCAUGCGCUUAAGAAGCGUGUACGAUCGGUCCAGAAGGACAAGCUUGCACUCCGAACCGAGAUAAUGCGUAUCCGUGCCGAGAGAGAGCAAGUAGCUCUGAAGAUGGAUGUGGUGAGAAUGCGCCACGAGAUGGCGAGCAAGGAAACACUGCAUCAACUAGAACUCUCCUCUGCAAUGGAUGACAUUGAAUUGGCUAUCGAAAAUGGGAAAUCGGCCCCAGGCCUCAACCCAAAGGAAAAGAAAGCAGCCGAGCUUUCGAAUCUGGAACUGUUGAUUUCCAGAGUGGCUAGUCAAGCCAGUGGUGGCAGCGAUGGUGGUGGAAGCCUUAAACAAAUCAAGGACUUUAAUGCCUUCCUCGAGCGCGCUGCCGCUGUUCUCGAAGGAAGAUGAUGAAUGUAUGACUUAACUUGACUGGCCGACUUUUCCUAUUUUGCACAGUAUUGGCAAUCACAUCAAAGCAAUGCCAACCACCAGCGUGUUCGAGAUAUAAUUCGGCAUCGAAGAUAACCCUGGGACACGAGAUGAGUAAUGAUCAGAUAUUUUGUAUAACAGAAGAACCCAAUAGGGAGUGGCCAUGCUUUGAAGCGAGCAUUGCAGACCGCUAAGCCUCUGUUUCGACAUCGUGGAUAUGCAUAUAUAGAUAUAUGGAUGAUCAACAUAAUUAAAGAAUCCUUUAGUGCUACCCGCCUUGCCAUGUCGCCAUGUCGCCAUUACUCAUCAGAUGGAUGCAUGCCAAUCAAAGGGUGUUUUAUGUAGAGAAGCCAACAUGAUUUUUAUCAUCGACGGACAGACACCUGGAAUAUAUUAACACUGCUAAUAAAUGUUGGUGUCGAAUUCUACGGUUUUCGGUUAGCACCUGAAGCAACGUCAAACCAACACACACAUACAUACAACCUGUGGGGUAUAUUUUCUUCAGUGCCACUGCUUCAGCCUUGAAUCUUGGCAUCGCAGGCUUGGAGACUGGGCCUUGAUGAUCAAAUUUAGAGUCUUGGUAGUGUAUAUUCCUAACAUACCUAGCACUAGACAUACAUAGCACUAAGUUAGUAAACUACCAAACAGGGACUCGGCUCC